UGAGACUCUGAUUGAAACAGAUUGUAGCGCUCCGCGGGUCGCCAUGGCAAAAGUCCGAAGAGGACGGAAGCAGCAACUUUUGUCGCAUUUGUAAUGUCACGGAGACAUUAUAACUCGCUGGAGAAACUACUUUCUAAUGUGAGAAACGAGCGUUACGACAUUCCUCCAGUCCGAAAAUGUCCCAGGGAUGUACAGUUUCUGUGGAAGAGAUCCAGUCUUGGUGGGAAGUCCCCGCCAUAGCCCACUUCUGCUCGCUGUUCAGGACGGCGUUCAACCUCCCAGACUUUGAAAUAGAGGAGCUAGAGAAAGCCCUGUCAGAGCAGGACUUGGACUUCCUCGGGGACCUCAUUGCCUGUCUGUUGCAGGGAUGCUACCAGCGCAAUGACAUUACUCCUGAGGCAUUUAGCAGUUACCUGGACGACAUCAUCAGCUACCGUUGGGAACUGGAAGAAGGGAAGCCCAACCCACUUCGAGAGGGUCCCUUUGAGACUCUCCCCCCUCGCACUCAGGUGGAACUGCUGCACCGGCUGUGCGACUACCGUCUGGAUGCUGCUGAUGUCUUUGACCUUCUUAAGGGACUGGAUGCCGACAGCCUGAGGGUGGAACCACUGGGGCAAGAUGGAAAUGGAGCCCUCUACUGGUACUUUUACGGCACUCGUAUGUACAAAGAAGAGCCAGUUAAGAGGAAAGCAGAUAAAAUCUGUGAACCCACUGAACUAACAUUACCAGAGAAAAAGAAAAGGGGAAGACCACCAAAGAAGAGAAAACUUGAGGACCCACAGCUAAGUGAUGUUGAAAGUGAAGUGAUAGAAGUGAAGACAGAAAAUGAGUUUGAAGAUCUCCGACCUAGCACAGGCCGUAAGCGAGGCGCCUGGUCUCUUGUGUGUGAUACGGAGGAACAAUGGGUCAGUCUGGCAGAAAGCAUCAAGGACAAAACCUCCCCACAGGACCGCCACCUCUACCGUGUCAUCAGCCAGAACUUCCUGCCCGAGAUCAGCAGCAUGAUUGAGCACAAGGAGCGGGAGCAAAAACAGAAACUGCUGGACCCAACCCCAGUUCGCACAUCACAUCGGUUCUCUGAAAAACACAUUAACCAAGAGGAGGAGGACAAUCUGAAGGCCAUAGGAGAGGAUGACAAGAAGAAAGAUGAAGAGCUGGACAGGCAGGUCCUGCUGGCCGAGCAGCGACGAGAAGAGGAAAGGCUUCUGCAGGAAGAACAACAGAGAGAAAAGAUGGAGAAGAUCAAAGCUGUGGAGGAGCGAGCCAAGAGGCGGAAGAUGCGAGAGGAAAAGGCCUGGUUGCUGUCUCAAGGAAAAGACCUGCCACCUGAACUCCUGAAUCUGGAGCCGUCCUCUCCCGUCCACAGGACACGCAAGAAUAAAGAAUUCUACGAAAUUGAUGACGACUACACUGCUCUUUACAAAGUGCUUGAAGUCUUGAAAGCCCAUAAAGAUGCUUGGCCUUUCUUGGAGCCUGUGGAUGACUCCUAUGCCCCUAAUUACCAUGAGCUCAUCAAGACUCCCAUGGACCUGUCCACCAUUGAAAAGAAGCUCAAUGAUGGGGACUACGUUGCUAAGGAGGAGUUUGUUGCUGAUGUGAAGCUCAUGUUUGAAAACUGCGUUGAGUACAAUGGAGAAGACAGUGAGUACACUAUCAUGGCAGAGUCUCUCGAACGGUGUUUUAGCCGGGCCAUAUUAAAACACUUUCCAUCAGAGGAUGGCGACACAGACGAGGAAUUCCACAUCAGCAGUGAAGACAAGGAGCGCAAGGACAAAAAACGCAAUCGCGGCAGUAGACAUUUGGGACCUGAAAGUCUAAUCAAGGCCACUGAGCAAGUCCAGCGUAAGCGAAACUUCCAGGGGGGCAAGGGCAGCACACCCUCAGAGGAAGAGGACAGUAGACUAACAAGACCACCUCACUGGGCCAAUGGCCCCCCUCACCUCCACUGCCUGCCUCCAAGCCAGCAGCACAUCCAUCGAGGAGACAUCAGGAGCAUGUACCACCCCGGGCAACAGCUCCAUCGUGCCCCUGGUCUUCACGGUCCUCAUGGUCCUCAUGGUCCUCACGGUCCUCAUGGUCCUCGUGGUCCACACAUGUAUGCCCAAAGAAUGGCCAUGGAUCCCCGCUUCGCUUACCCAGCUCAUAUUUCCAGGCAUGGAGACCCUGGUUUGAACCGCAUGCCCCACAACUUUAACAUGCAGCAUCGCAUGGUGGAAGGACAUCACAUGGGUCCUAGGUAUCCAGUGGGCCCAGAUCCUAACCAGCAGCAUCCUCCACACCAGCAGCAGCACCCCUACAUGGGUCCAACUCAUGGCCCAUCUCUGGGCCCACGUCCCAUGGCGCUCCAGCCUGGACCUCCUCCUGAAGCCAGCAUGUACCCAUCCCACCACCGUCCAGAGGGCCACAACAUGCACCCCAUGGGCAACAGAUUCUCAGGGCCAGAGGGACCACCUCAGCACAACUACCCAGGUUUGAGGCCACCUCAUAUGGGCCUAUCCAACAUGUGGACUGGGAUGAAUCACCAGGAGAGACCCAAUGGGAUGCGCAUGCAAGAUCCCAACAUGGUAAACCAGCGCAACUUUAGUUAUGGUGGAGUCCCCCCUCCAGUGGGGCAUAAACCAUGGCCAGAAGCUGCUGGAUACCCCCAUCCGCCUCCAAAUGCACAGUAUCAAAUGUCUGCAGCGAUCAGCUCCCCGGGGCCGAUGUCCUCAUGUCCCCCUGUUCCCCACCCAGACUCCUCCGGCAGGACACGCUUGGCUUCCAUGCUAGAAAGCCCAGAGAUGCUGGCCCUGCAGCAGCUGUCAGCCUCUUCUGGACCCCCUGCUGGUGCCCCUCAUCAGCACAUGGGCAACUUUCAGCAGCCUGGGCCCCCAUCAGGAAUUGGCAGCAUCCCAGCUCACCCCUCUCAGCAGCCUCCCCCUGCCCCUGAGGUUCAGCUGCUCCGUCCUGCUAGAGACAAUGGGCCAGACACCCAGCCUUCCCAACAGACAGACAUGCAGCCCAAAGACUCAACAUCAGAGAAAAUGGCUGCCAAGAACAUUUCCGAUGAAGCUUCAUCACACAAAAACACUGUUUCAAUUCACCAAGAGCACCAGGCCAUCCUUAGCCCCACCACAGGAUACCAUACUGUGCCAGCAGGGGGAAUGCAGAGCCCCCCAGCCCCUAACUCGGGCAGAUCACAGGAGAAUCCUUCUGGACCAGGGCUCCCGCAGAGUUCAAUUGAGAGCCACAAGCAGGAGGUAGAUAGCCAAAGACUAUCUGCCAGCCACUGUCCCCCACAACACAUUAGUGCCACUACUGUUUCAUCCCAUCUCAACACGAGUAACAACAGCUCCACUGAUCCCACUCCACCAAACCGCUCUCAGAAUACACAGAACAGUCCACAGCAAAAAGCUCUGAGCCCCACACUUCUUCACCAGAACGUACCCCCAAUGCAUGGUGCAGCGUCUCAAAAUUCCCCUCAGCAAAUGCCAGAAAACAACUUGCCGCACAUGCAGAAUGCACAUCAGCAGAGUGAACACCAGCAGAACAUCCAAAAACAGCAGCAACCUCAGGCAACCCAGAGUACCCCUCCUCAAUGCCACCCUCAGAGCUCUCCCCAGCAGAUGACCCAGAACACACAGCAACACAAUUCUCUGCUACCUCCUCAUCAUGUCCCCCAAAACGUCUCUCCACAACGUCCUACGCAGAACAGCUCUAUGCAUGGCAUGCCACAGAGUGCCACACAAGGAGCCCCGGCUGGACCCCCUCAGCCAGCCCCACUUACGUCUUUGCCACCCAGUCAUCCUACCCCACUAUUACCCUCCCACCCUAGCCCAGCAGAACAUGGAGAUCAAAGACCUAGUGAGCCUACAAGUAGACUGGACACAGAAAGCACUGCCGUUCCUCCACAGCACACCGCAAUGAAAUCUGGGCCUCCAAAUGGCAUUUAUAAAUACCAGGCUUUUAGCCCCAAUCACAAUCAAACCCUGCUGGUAGGUAGUAACCCAGGUAUGCAGGCUGAGCGUGGCCCAGCACCUGCUCACAAUCCAGCCAUGCCUCCACAGUCCCAAGGCCAGACAAAUGGAGCCAUGGGUCCAUUUGGCAUGGGGAACCAUCCACACUACAGCCAGACAAACAUGAGCAGGCCCAUGCCCCCGUCUGCUCACCACCCUUAUCACAACCAGGCCAUUAACCCCCUCCACAAUCCUGCUCACCACCCGGCCUACCACCAGCAGGGAGGGGCCACCUACUCCUACCACAUGACAGGCCAACAACACCCUCAGGCCCACCCCAACAUGUACCCGCCUCGUGAGUACCAGCAGCAACACUACUACCCCCAACUCCACUCCCAAGCUCAGGCCCAUAACCAGGCCAACAGUAGAGGGAGUUAUCCUCCAGAGCAGUGGCAUCGGCCUCAUUAUCAGCCUCGCCAGCCCAUGCCCCCCAGUGCCUAUCUACCUGUGGCUAGUGCCAGAGGCAAUGGUCAGUUGAGGGAGAGCAGUGUGUCACCACUGGGCUCUGAGGGCUCCAGCGGUGCUAGUUUGGUGUCGCCUGGCCCUGUGCCUGAAGUGGGGCAGCACCUCGGAGGCUCAGAGGAGGGGAAGUGUGAAAACAGGGAGCAGGCCAGUGGAGGCGGCAGUGGUAGCCCAGCAAAGCAGGUUCAUACAGAGAGCUCAGAGCGACCUGAAAGCCCUAAAGAAAUUCUGGACCUCGACAGCCAUAAUGCUUCUGCCCGCCGCCGCAGUACCCAGCCACCUCAACAACGCCAUCUUGCAUCUGCUGCACACGUGAUGUCUGGCUUCAUGUACGACCCUCGUGCCGUGCACCCUGGGAUGCAGCAGGGCGGCGUUCCUCCACCCCACAUGAUGUCUCAGACCCGUGGAGGUGGCAACGGAGCCCCUUACCCUGGCCAGCCAUACCCCGAUCCAGGACGCUAUGCCGCCCAAAGACCUCACCCACACCUGAUGGAGGCUCUGCAGCGGCCCCAGCAGCUGCCCUACUCCCCGGGUCAGACACGCAUGGCCAUGUACAGACACCCUCGGCCUGCGGGGCACUUCCAGGGCAUGAUGAUUCAGCAGAGAGGCCUUGCACCAGAACACUUCCUACACCCAGGGCAACAGAUGAUGACUGCUCCAGGCGGCCCUAGCAAUAAACAAGGAGUGUGAAACGUACCAUAUCAGAGCAUGUUAUCAAAGAACAUCUGGACAAAGCAGUGAGCCAAAAGGAAGAAUAUGUGGGCAUGCUGACUGGGCUGACAGAGACUGUAGAAGGGAUCAUUUGCUCCACAAACAUCUUUUGCUGAUAUUCAUACACUGGAAAAAAAACAAAAAAACUUUUGGCUCAGUUUUGCUGAUCGCUGGACGUGAAGAUACAACCAGGCAGCUGGUAUUACUAAGAUAAUAAUGUGAAAUGUUAAUGAGCCCUGGAGAGUAAUUCUCUUUUUCGCUUGCCCUUCUUCACAUAGAGCUCAGGGUCAGUUAAAGAACAGCUCUGGGGAACUGGUAGGGAUUCACUGACCUGCUCAAGGACACCUCACCAGAGUGGUUGCUCCCUAACAUGUUGUUUGAGUAUUUGAACCAGGGUCCUCUUGCAGAAGGGCAGCCUGUCGAACCACUAGGCCACCCUGCUGAACACGGGGGACACUGCCUUCAAGAACACUGGACAGCACUCUCCUCUCUGAGCCAUCAAAAUAUGAAAGGAUGUAAGGCGACUGAACACAGCCUGCCAAUCUUGUCCAUUGACUGUGGUGCUCGAUGGAGCUGUUAAAUCUCCGGACAGAACCGAGGAGGACUGUGAUGAAGACGAGAGGGACUGUUGUUUUUACUGCUAUUUUCUGUUCCAACUGUAUCUUUAAACUCAGGUGUAGAAAAGGAGGUACUAUGAGACUGUCACCCUAUCCCAGUCAACGCACAGGCCCCUUGCAAUUGCCUUGGUUUCCUUUUGUGAAUGUAUGAGUGAAUGUGUAGAUAAGGUAUGUCCAGCACAUUAGCUGCAAGUGAAGGGACACAAACACUGAUAAUUUGUCUGAAGCAUAAACCGUCCUGAAAAAGGCCCAGUCACUGUCCCUUUUCCACCCCAACUCUUAACGCUGUUUCUCCAGCUCUGGAGUGAACACGCAGUAUAUGCAUCUUUCAAAGCGGCCUUCAUCGUUAAGAAUGUCUUUGACUAGCAGAGAGGGACUGUCAAAGAUGGCACUAUGUGUGUCCGACUGUACCCAACUCUCUGUUAUGCACUAUGGAUUUUGUUAGUCUUUGACAUCCUGGAAUUGAGUGGCCUUGGAUAGUCUUAUUUUUAGUCAAACACAUAUAUGUAUGAGAAUAUAUCCUUACCUCUUGUCCCAGAUGAGGGGAUUCUAAAAUUGCCAGACGGCGACAUUGUCCUUCUGGCUGAUAUAUGCACAUACACGGAACAAACGCAAAUCCUGCGGUUGUUUUAUUUCUUUCUUCAGUGUGACGUUUGCUGCAUUCCACCUACAAGAUUGUAGCGUUAUUUCUUUGUUCAUUCACAGCUCCGCCCUUUGCAUGGUCGCAUCUUUGAGUGCUUCCUCUCCCCCCACGUCAAUACUAAACGUUUCCUCAGGGUGUACAGUUUCUAUAUACGGGUAUUUUUCUGCAUUGUUUGAAGGAGGAGCAGCAUAAAGGAAUAUGGGACUGCAACUGUGGCAAAUCAAUCCACCUCAUGUGAAGAACUUAAAACUUGUAAAGGGUCUGUAUUCUUUGUCCUUAACAAUAUUUGGCUGAGCACACUGCCAACCUAUUGGACUUUUUUCCCCCAAAAAAACUUUUUUCAUUUUCAUCAAAGUUAAUUAGAGCUGAGAUGGAUCCUAUUUGAGUUCUACAUUCCUGUUGAUCUGAUAAUACUGUUUGUCAUCACAAUUAAGAUCACAAUCUACCUCAUCUAGCCAAUCGGUGGCAUCUACAGAGUCCCUCCACUUCCUCUCCUGCUCUGCCAGACUCCCGUGGGUCAACAUUUUAUGACCAGCUUAUGAUUUCAGCACCGGUUUUAGAUUUUAGGCUGACGGAACUAAUGAUAAAAUGGCCUUACGAUACCAUACCAUCUUGGAAGUAAAUUGCAUGCGUCGGGUUGCCGUGUCAAAUGAUGGUGCUGACUGACUGCUGACAUGUAAUUAUUCAGCUGUCAGUCUGACAUUGACAGAUGUUCUGUAGCAAUCCUUGAAAGUGUACACUAUGGUUUUAAUGGGACAGCACUUUCAUUCUCACUUUUUUUUUUUUUUAUGUCAUCAUUUGAGUAUGAUGGACAUUAUUACAUCAUAUGUCUGACGCAGGACUCUGUAAGUGGGUCUCUUUAGUUGUACAGAUUGCAUGCCUUCCUGCCUACAGGCUGUUGAAACUAGACGAGGUUAGGCAGUAUUCCAGUCUAGGGUCUGUAAUAGACCGCAUAGAGUUUGGCGGCAUUAUGGGGAAGUUCCUUAGUAAUAGGUACCUAAAGGCAUUGUAAGGAAAUAUUUAAGGAAAGGAGAUUGAGUAGGAAAGUGCUAGAAGCUGUGAGACAAUUAUCUAAAUGUGUCACACAAGGAUGACUUGCUAUUUUGUUAAAAUAGGGAAUUGUCCCAAUAUUUAGUGGGCCUAAUAGGGCCACCUCGGAGGUAGUGUGUUCACUCGUGCUGUCUAAUGUAUGAAGGACAGUGUUUAUUUUAAAGGUCUGUGAGGUUGUGAUACUGUCCUACGGUGUACAGAUGUGGCGUGUGUGUGUCUGUGUGCGUGUGUGUGUGUGUGUGUGUGUGUGUGUGUGUGUACUGGUGUGUAGAAUCGGCACCAGAUGAUCGAAAGUGUGCAUUCACCUCUCACUUUUUUCUCUGCUGUCAUCUCUCUGCACUAGUGAAAACCAUUUAGACUUGAUUAAAUGUGAAUCAUAUUUAUUUGCUCUUUUAAGAAUUUUUGUACAUUUUUGGACUUGUUUAAUAUAAAUGUGGUGUAUGUUUCCUUUUUUUCCCCCUUGAUGUCGUUUUGGUUGUUUUUAAGCAGUUGUCUUUUUUACCUCAGUAGCAUGGUGGCAUUGGAAAAAAAGACCUGUACGUUUCAUUUUUAAGUGACGUAUACAAGUUCUUAUCUGACUGACAUAGAUUAUUUUGGAAAUGGAAUGGAGUAUUUUCUAUACUGUACAUUUCUUAGAAAUAAAUAACUUUUCUCGAACAA